AACAGCUGCACAGUUUUGUUUACCGAUUGUUAAAUUUUUAUUAUAUGUAAUUACAAAUAUCAAGAUAAAAGUUGCAGAUCUCUAUCGUUUAUUAUGGGUGAAGCGGGUGUGGAGAUAGAGAUUAUCGAAAUAGGCGAUAUUAUGAAGCCACAUGAAAUAACGUUGCAGCAUGCAAUUGAAAUUUCAUCCUUGGUGAAGGAGCGCACAAUUGGGCCAGACUUACCAGAUUUGCAAGAUGAAAAAGCGAAACUCGCAUCGAGUACACCUAAGAAAAUUACCCCACAAAAACAAAAGACGCCGCAGAGAAACGAAAGUUUAUCUAAGCUAAUAAUACCCGUAUUAAAACCAUCCACAUCAUUGGAUUAUGAGCUUGUCAGCGCUACAAUAUUCCUGCGCGACGCAGAGGAGAAACGCAAAAAGCAAGUGCGUCAGCAAAUGCUUGAAAUGCAGGAAAAGCAAUUGGUAGUAUUACGUGACAAUGCACUGCGUCAGCGCGAGCAGCAAAUCAAGCUGGUGCAAGAGUUAAACGCGGAGAGACAGCGCACCGAUGCACAUAUCAUACAAAAGGCUGAAAAACAGACAGCGCUCGAAUUACAAGAAAUCGAACGCGAAAUGGAUGCUAUGCGUCUAAAUGCUAAACGUCAACUUCAACUCUUCUCAUUUCAAUGUGUUGCAAAGUAUCACGGCGUAUUUCGCAGUAAAUAUGAAGCUGUGGCCAAGGCGCUUAUAUCCAUCGAUAAGCAAUCGUUGCUGCCGUGUAAUGAUUAUAAUCGCCAGUUGAAAGAAUUAGUCGAACUAUUUGAUCAGCUCACGAGUAAAAUAAAAACAGACGAAUGCGGUGCGGCGGAGCUGAAACUUGCCGAUAGCCUAUGCAAUAAGAUGGAUGAUUUGCAUAGUACAAUACAUGACGACCUGGAUGCGUUGCUGAAGCAACAAGAGCAAGCUCAAUUAGAAGAGCAGCGCAAAGCGGCAGAGGAAGAAGCGGUGGCUGCCGUAUUGGCAUUGUCACAAACCACUGAAAUACCUGCUGAAGCUGUAGCAGCAACACCACCACCAAAUGCGGAUCAAGCACAAGCGGCUCCUCAAGCAGUAGACUUACAACAAACAGUGGAAACACAACAAAGCAUGGCGUCGCAACAAUCAAUGCAACCACAACAGCCAACACAGUAUGUAGCACAGCAAACAGUGCAAUCGGAGCAAGUGGGCAAAGCCGCAACAGCAACAAGUGCCCAGGAGUCAACAGCAGCGUUGGCAUUCUAUCAGGAGAUUCACGGUUUCUAUCAACAAAAGGUUGACAGCGUGAAACCACUACAGACUGAUGAGAAUAUGAAAAAAUAUCGUUUUGCUUGCCAAAAAGCCAUUAAUAUACCGUUAAAUGCCAUCUCUGCAGUCAGCCCACAACAUUUGCAGGAUAAAUUUGAACGAAUAUUUAACUUUCUCAAUGGACAACCGCUCUCCACUGCAGAUGGGCAAGUUAGUGCCAACGAUCAUCCCUUGGGACGCAAUUAUUGUCUACUACUAACUGCGAAACGUUUUGUUAAUCAGGGCGAGACAGCAAUUUCCAGCAAUCCACAAGCUGCUUUCCCAGUCGCUUCGGUUGUGGUUUCUCUAUGGAAGCUUGUACCAGAUUUUGGAAAACUUUUCUUAGCUUACAUAUUUAAGGAGUCGCCGUUUUUAGUGCCCUUACGUGGCAAAUCCGUGGAAGAGUAUAACGAUCUGAAACGUCAAGCGGGUAUAACACGUUUAUAUGCCGCUGUCAUGAUAACAAAUGGACGACGGGCUGAAGGCCCAGAACACCCGUUUGCGUUGGAGCACGCUUGGCGUUGGCUGGUCGACUUUAGUAGUCUUGAACCACUGCCCGAUAUUAGUGCUACAUUAAUGUUAGAAAUGCUACAGACACUAGGUUUUUCGAUGUGUCGUGCUUAUGGCAGACAAUUUACRAAGCUACUUUUACACAUACAACGCGAUUAUUUCGCAAAACUAGCGCAAGUGGAUGAAGGUGGUCCGCGUACGCGUUUGGAAAUGCUCUUUAUGAAUUACUUGAAUCAGCAACAGAUUCCUGAGCCACAAGGCAUGCUACCAGCGUCUUUCUGGUAGUCGCKCGACCGGUUUUUCAUUUUAACGCAUACAAUUAUUGUCUUACAACCAUUGUGCUUAGAGUAUUUUUUGUUUUCUUUCRCGGAYCACACAAAAAAAUUUCRAAUUAAUUAUGAUGUCAYAAGAAAGUAGAAUAACACAUUUCUAAUAAAAUCUCGCAUUCCUCUGUUAUAAUAAUUAGUGGAGUACGUUUGAAAAUGUUACGAAUUCCAUGA